UGGGCUGUAUUACCUUUUGCCCUCAAUACAUGAAAUAAAAAAUUGCAAAAAACAAAAAAAAAUUGCAAAUUUGUAAAUUUUACCUCAAAUGAGGGGGCAUUCUAAAUUUUAUAGCUAUUAUUAAACCCAUUAAAUCGUAGUAAUUAAUCAAAUAAAUAAGUGGCUAAUUGUUUCAAAAUGUCCGAUUCAUCUGUAAAAGAAUUCUGUAAGACUUGGUGGGCCGAAGUUUACAACAGAAUUAUUGGUGCUGUUGUCUUCUUGGAUGAUGCUAGUUCCGAAUGUCUUCAUUGGGAUGGGGGCCUUUUCAACCUGCUCGAAGGAGGUGCUGUUGCAGUUAAAAGUUUAUCUCCAUUUGAGUGUGCGACAAAAGAUCAAAGGAAAGGAGUAUUCAUAACCCAGACUACUUCCACACAACUACGUACAAUACAAGACAUUAUCAAACACAGUGAUUUCUCACAUUGUACACUGAUAUCAUGUGUCAGUUUGGAUGUUGUAUACUUGGAGCUCCAUGAAGGUAAAGAUGUGAGUGAUGUCAUCACUGCUGGAAGAGGGCCGGCAGAGGCUACUAAGAUGCUGGAGGAUAUGAUGGUUCAGUGGAUCGGAAGAAGUCCAUGUGCCGUCCAAGUAGUGCACAUACCGAUCUUCACAAUUUCUCCAACAAAUGUAGUAUUUCUGACUCCACCAUUUCAUGCCAUGUUCCCUCUCUAUGAUGGUAGACUGACACCGGAGACAACUUCAGUAGAUCUAUAUACUUUAAAGAGUGAGGAAAGAUCUCAGAUAAGAAGAUUAGCCAGUUGUCUUAAUAGCAUGUUUGAAUCGAUGAACUUGAAAGAGGAUGUCUAUCACAUGGGAACCUAUAGUUCUUUAUUAGCUGGUGUUCUAGAAAAUUCACCUGUUUGUCUAUCGAGGAGAAAGAAUUGCACGAAUCCUGCGUCAUUAAUAAUAGUGGACCGAACCUUAGAUCUCUGCAGUGUGACAAGUCAUUCUAUGGAAUCUGUUCUGGACAAAGUGUUGGCAGUUUUACCAAAGUUCCCAGGGCAUUCGAAUGAAGUUGCCAUUGAUAUGUCUCCGCUUUGUGAAGCUAAUGUAAUCACCCAUCCAGAUGACCUACAACUAAGCCCGGGCUGUCUCUACCACGCGAACGAUGAUAUAUGCACACAAACAUUUGAACACAUGCUAAACAAGUCUCAAAAGGAAGUGAUGUUUGAUUUAUACAAUAAAUUGUCAAAGUUGGACGUACAGCGGUCACCGAGUCCCAAGACUCUGCUCAGGGUUACUCCACAGAGCGUCGACAAGAUCGUUACGGCGGCUAAAGGGAAUUAUGACGUAAUAAGCAAUCAUCUAGGCAUACUGCAGCUGGCAUUAGCCGUCGUACAAACGUUGAAGUCGCCGAGACGAGCUCAGUUGGAACUCCUGGCGAGCUUAGAGAAACAGGUCCUUCAGAAUUUGGGUGCCAGCCGAGACUCCACUAGUGUUUUGCAACAGAUGAGUACAUUAAUAAAAUCCCGUAAAGAACGCAAUUUGCCUUUGGAUAAUCUGCUCGCGUUAAUCAUUCACAUAUACUCUCUCGGCGGUACUGAAGUCACAUUCUCAAAAACUCAUGAACAGGAUCUAAUUGAGGCUCUCAGUGUUGCCAUGUUCGAAGAUCACAAAAGCUUAUUUCCUCAAGUUGAAGGGCAUAUAGUAACACCGGAGGAAUGUGAUGAGAUUUCUCAAAAAACAUUGAAGCGACUAAAGGAAAUAGCAUUGAUGAGGAAAAAUUUGCAGAAAUACAACUCGUUAAUAAAGACAAGCGAAACAGGAAUCGGGCACGAAUACCGCGGCCUGUUACUGCAGCUAGUCGAUGACCUCGUGGACACGGAUAGACCAGAACUAACUGACCUGCGACACAGAAAUGAGGGUAUCAAAGAUUUGCUGAGAAGCGGCUUGAACAUUCUGACAAGCAAGAAAUCUCGUACUUUGAAACAUCCACUCGAGAGUCCCACUGUGAUUUUGUUCGUGAUCGGAGGCGUGACCGCCGAGGAAUGCAAGCGUCUGCACCGCAGCGUCAUCACAAGCGGCGUCGACAACACCGUGCUUAUCGGGGCCACUAAGUUCGUGACGCCGGUCGAAGCUAUGAAAGAUGUUUUGCUUUUAUAGCGGCUAAUUACUUAAAUGUUGAUCCAUUAACGGUGCUUUUAGGCACCACAAGCACCGGUCACCGUCCUCGUCGAACCCGUCGCUUGCGACGAAGGGCUCGACGAG